UUGGACAGCCCUAUGUUCAGCCAAAUGGGAAUCUUUACUAAUCUUUGGUAACUACUCUACAAGCCCCUCCAUAUUCCCCAAAAUUCUCUCUGAACCUCCCUAGUCAAAAACUUCACCAAUUAAAACCCUAGAUGCCCAUUUUAAACAUGGAUUCAAUCGAGGCAGAGAAGCUUCAAGCCAUGAAAAACUUCAAGAAACACCAGUUUCUCAACAAUCUCAUUCUUCACUCUCUCACAGCUUUAGCUUUUUCUCUACUUUGUUCCUACCCUUCUUGGUUUCCACUUCUAUGUUCUUUUGUGAAGCACUUUGUUUCUCUCUUCUUCACCCCCAAGUGCUUGUUCGUUGUAGGCAAUGCCAUCAUUGUCUUCCUCGUCGGAGAAUCAAAGCUUGCGAGCUCACGAUCAUCGCCAGCCAUCCAUAUGGAGAAGAAAGAAGAAGAAAGGAAAUUGGAAAUGAAUUUAAGUGAGGAAAGUGUGAACAAGAUUGAAGAGAGAGAAGAAGAACAAGUAAGGAAUGAUGAGUAUGGUGAUGAUGGUCUAAUUGGUGGUGAUAAUCAUGAUAAUAAAGAGGAAGAGGAGAGAGAUGAAGAAGAAGAGCUUGGUUUACCAACUGAGGAGUUUAACAAAAGAGUAGAAGAUUUUAUUGCAAAGGUUAACAAACAAAGGUUGCUUGAAGCUAGACUACUAGAUUGUGGAAGAGGAUGAUAGUGAAGAGAUUGGAUUCAAGAUGACAGAAUCCAGUGCACAGAAAAUAUCUAAAAAACUCAAUGUGUAAUUUAGGUGUAUACCCAAUGUUUUUCUUUCCCAAAGCACAUUAAUAUAUAUUAAUUAGGUGUUGUUUUUUAUGGACUUCAUCGUAUAUAAAUUGAAUAUGAAUUAUAUAUUA